GCCAAGCACAACACUUGGGUAAUUUACAAGAAGAGUUGAUGGAACAAACUGACAGUUACUGCAAUGGGAAAGAAGCCGGAGGGGACUGGUGCUAAGGCUAGUGGCAAAGACACUUCAAAAGAUGCGAAGAAAGGGAAGCUUUCGGUCUCGGCGAUGCUUGCUAACAUGGAUGAGAAACCUGAGAAACCUAAAAAGGGUUCUUCUUCAAACGCUUCUAGUAAGCCUAAGACAAAAGCUCCAAAAGUGUCAUCUUACACUGAGAACAUAGAUCUUCCUCCAUCUGAUGAUGAGGAUGAUGCCUCUGAAGAAGACCUGUCUGAUGCCAAGAAGCGGCAAAUGAGGAAUGAUUCAAAUUCACUUGACAUAGCCAUAAGUGAGAAAGAGUUGAAAAAAAGAGAAAAGAAGGACAUACUUGCUGUCCAUGCAGCAGAGCAGGCAAAACGGGAGGCCCUUAGGGAUGACCAUGAUGCUUUUACUGUUGUUAUUGGUAGCCGGGCUUCAGUUCUUGAUGGGGAUGAUGAAGCUGAUGCCAAUGUCAAAGACAUAACUGUUGAUAAUUUCUCUGUAUCUGCUCGGGGAAAAGAACUCUUAAAGAACACGUCGGUUAAGAUAUCUCAUGGGAAAAAGUAUGGCUUGGUUGGACCCAAUGGAAUGGGCAAGUCUACAUUAUUAAAGCUCCUUGCUUGGAGGAAGAUUCCAGUACCUAAGAAUAUUGAUGUGCUUUUGGUUGAACAAGAGGUGGUUGGUGAUGAUAAAACUGCCCUUGAAGCAGUUGUUACAGCUAAUGAAGAGCUGGUAAAUCUCCGAAAAGAGGUUGAAUCUUUGCAGAAUUCAUCUUCUGCUGCUGAGGGUGAGAAUGGAGAUGAUGAGAAUGGGGAUGAUGCGGGAGAUAAGCUUGCUGAGUUGUAUGAACAGUUGCAUAUCUUGGGAUCAGAUGCAACAGAGGCUCAGGCAUCAAAGAUUCUUGCUGGGUUGGGUUUCACCAAGGAUAUGCAUGGUCGCCCAACCCGAUCAUUUAGUGGUGGCUGGAGGAUGAGAAUAUCAUUGGCUAGGGCGCUCUUUGUGCAACCGACACUACUCUUAUUGGAUGAACCCACAAACCAUCUUGACCUUAGGGCUGUUCUCUGGCUGGAGGAGUACUUGUGUCGGUGGAAGAAAACUCUUGUAGUUGUGUCACAUGACCGGGAUUUCCUCAACACUGUCUGCACUGAGAUCAUUCAUCUCCAUGAUUUUAAGCUUCAUUUCUACCGUGGGAAUUUUGAUGAUUUUGAAAGUGGGUAUGAGCAGCGUCGCAAAGAGAUGAACAAGAAGUUUGAAACUUAUGAGAAGCGAAUUAAAGCAGCGAAGAGGUCAGGGAGUCGGGCUCAGCAGGAAAAGGUGAAAGACCGGGCUAAGUUUAAUGCUGCAAAGGAAGCAUCUAAGAGCAAGGCUAAGGGAAAGGUUGAUGAGGAUGAGCCUCUGCCUGAGGCUCCAAAGAAGUGGAGAGAUUAUAGUGUGGAGUUCCACUUCCCUGAACCUACUGAGCUCACACCGCCACUUUUGCAGCUAAUUGAAGUCAGCUUUAGUUACCCAAAUCGAGCGGAUUUUAGGCUCUCGAAUGUCGAUGUAGGUAUUGAUAUGGGAACACGUGUUGCUAUUGUUGGGCCCAAUGGAGCUGGAAAAUCUACCCUACUGAAUCUUCUUGCAGGUGAUUUGGUUCCAACAGAAGGUGAAGUACGAAGGAGUCAAAAGUCAAGGAUUGGGAGGUAUUCGCAGCACUUUGUGGACCUACUAACAAUGGAUGAAACGCCAGUUCAGUAUCUUCUUCGUCUUCAUCCAGAUCAAGAGGGACUUAGCAAGCAGGAGGCUGUACGUGCAAAGCUUGGAAAAUUUGGACUCCCUAGUCAUAAUCACCUCACCCCAAUUGCAAAAUUAUCUGGAGGGCAAAAGUCACGGGUUGUCUUCACUUCAAUUUCCAUGUCGAAGCCACACAUAUUGCUAUUGGAUGAGCCCACAAAUCAUCUGGACAUGCAGAGUAUUGAUGCGCUGGCUGAUGCACUGGAUGAGUUUACUGGUGGAGUUGUCCUUGUCAGUCAUGACUCUAGGCUUAUAUCUCGUGUUUGUGAGGAUGAAGAGGAGUGAAAUUUGGGUUGUGGAAAAUGGAACUGUGAGAAAUUUCCCUGGAACCUUUGAGGAGUACAAGGAGGAGUUACAAAGAGAGAUCAAAUCAG